AUGGCGGCCGACGCCGCCCAGGAUCAGGGCCCCGAAGACGUGGGGUCGUACCUGCGCGAGAUUUCCGAGGUAAACGGCGCCGCGCUCGCCUCCGCCGCGUGCGCCAGAGCGCUCGACGCAGCCAGCACCUUCAGCGCACGCUCGCACUUCGCGAUCCCGCCGCACCGUCCCUCGGCGGCGAGCGACGGCGGCGGCGGCGAGGCGGAGCCGUCUGUGUACCUGACGGGCCAUUCGCUCGGGCUGCAGCCGCGCUCGGCGCAGGGCGCCGUGAUGUGCGAGCUCACCAAGUGGGCCGAGCGCGGCGUGGCGGGUCACUUUGAGGGCGAGCUGCCGUGGGCGUCGUGCGAGGAGGCCGUGGUGCCGCUGCUCGGCGAGCUGGUCGGCGCCGCUGACGCGACGCUCGAGGUUGCGGCGAUGAACUCGCUCACCGUCAACCUGCACCUGCUGAUGGCUGCCUUCUACCGGCCCAGCGCCGGGCGCGCCGGCAUCCUGAUCGAGGCGGGCGCCUUCCCGUCGGACCGGUACGCCGUCGCGUCGCAGGUCCGGCACCACGGGCACGACCCCGCCGAGUGGCUCACCGAGGUAGCUCCGAGGGAGGAGAGCGGCCUCCUCUCCACACACGACCUGCUCGCCGCCAUCGACACGCUGCAGGACUCGCUCGCCCUCGCGAUCGCGCGCGGCGUCCGGCGGAUCAAUUCCUCCCGCGCCGCGCGCAGCGAGCCGCCGAUCCUGCUCGGCCUCGACCUCGCGCACGCCGCCGGCAACGUGCCUCUCUCCCUGCACGACUGGGGGGUCGACUUCGCCGCCUGGUGCACGUACAAGUACCUCAACGCUGGCGCAGGCUGCCUCGGCGCCAUCUUCGUCCACUCGCGGCACGCGGCGGACGACGGGGCCCUCUGCCCUGCCCUGCGCAGGCUGACUGGCUGGUGGGGCGUGCCGCACGCGCCCGGGCCUCGCUUCGAGAUGAGGCGCGGUCGCCUGGAGGGCCCUUCGGCGCGGCGCGACGGGGCGCCCGCCAGCCACGAGCCUCUGCGCCGUAGGCACGGCUUCGACGCCGCCCCCGGCGCGGCUGGCUUCGCGUGCUCGAACGUCAACCCGCUGAUGCCCGCAGGCUACCUCGAGCUCCUCCUCCACGAGGAAGAGCUCACUGUCCCGCGCGCGGCAGCUCAAGCCCAGCCGGCGCGCUGCGGCAUCAGGAUCAUCACUCCCGCCGACCCGCGCCGCCGCGGCUGCCAGCUGUCGCUCCGCGCCGAGAGCGGCAGCGGUCCUCCCGGAGCGAUGCGUGAGCUAGAGGCCGCCUUGCUCUCGCGCGGCGUCGUCGUCGACGCACGAGAGCCAGACAUCGUCCGCGCGGCGCCGGUCCCGCUCUACAACUCGUACGAGGACGUGCGCGUUUUCGUGCUGCGGCUCGCCGACGCACUCGUCGAGCUCGCGAGGCGAUGGGAGAAGUGA